AUGCCUCAGGAGCACCAGGACUCACACCACUCUGGCUUCAGCCAGAGCAACUGGAUGGGCGUCCCAGGUGGCUACUCCUCGAGCCCUCAGACUACCAUGUCGCCGAUGCACGAAUUCCCGCAGUUUGACUAUCACCACACCGCGCCGAUGCCGAUGGAACCGGCGGCAUAUGCCAUGCCACGGCCUGGACCAUUUGCUGCGUCGCACGCACAAAUGCCGCCGCCUCUAAUCAUGCCUCACAGCGGGUUAUGGCCCAGUAUGCUAGCGAGCCAACCCCAGCCGAGUUACACCACUCCCCUUCUACCUGCUGGACCGUUGCAAACCCCGUUGUCGGCAAGCACAGCGUCAGACAUGACGCCAACGAGUGCCAAAACGACCACAUCUCGGCGCAAGUUGACUGACGAUGAACGCCGUCAGAUGUGUAUCGAAGCAGAGCAGAACCCAACCAUGAAGCAGACUCAAAUUGGAGCUAAGUUCAAUGUAGAGAGGAGCACGGUGUCAAAGAUCCUUCGCCAGCGCGACAAGUACAUGAAUCCGCAGCCGAAGGAGGAGAGUGCCAGCCCGGGCAAGAAGUCCAAGGCGAAACUGCCGGACUUUGAGAAGACCCUCACAAACUGGGUCAAAAACCAGCAAAGGAAAGGGCUAGCUUUCACAGAUGAGGAUCUUAGGAAACAGGCAAAAGUAUUCUCGUUCAGCAGGAGUGAUCAAGCAGUAGUCUCAAGCACCGACUGGCUUGAGAAAUUCAAGCGCAAGAACCGCCUCGUCGCAACGAAGACGGACGCUGAUUCCGCGCUGUUGGACUCCAGCACAACCUCGCUCACACAGACCCCGCUUGAUGGGUCACCUACAUCCUCUACUGGCCUGGUAUCGCCUCCUAUGUCAGCCAUCAAAGAAGACGAGGAUGAAUCUGGCGUCAAAAUUGAAAGCAACCAGGACUUUUUUGAUUUCGGAGAGGGGAAGAGGGCCUUCGAUGAUUCCUCGGUCAUGGACGGAGAAUUCAAGGAUCAUGCAGGAGAAGCAACCGCAGAAUCGGGUUUAUCUCCCAGGUCCCCCCGCCAGGGGAGCACAGAUCAGGAUGACAUGGAGCUACUCGAAGGUGUAGAAGAGGCAUUCGGAGCUACAAGUCGCCACCGGAGUCAAACUUUUUCCCACGCCCCGAGUCACACAACUGGAUCGCGGCCGUCUUCACCGCGCAACAGCCGUCAAGCACUGCCCGUGCGCUCCUUGACGACCACGGCGGCGACCGCUGGGCCGGAAGAGCCUCGUCCAACUGCCAUUGAUCCUCGACAGAUGAUGAAACGACACAAGAGCGUCCCCGACAUCCAUUACCCGGAUCAAGUACGCUUUUCGUCCAUGCAGCCACCCCCACUGCCUCGGUCUGCCGAUGCCUCGCCUGUCAGUGUGCCAGCUUCACCGGCGGAAGACGAAAACAUCCGAGCAUUGCAUGCUAUCAAAACGCUCCUUGAGCAGAAUCCAACUGUGGCGGAGCCGGAUGACUACCUAGCCAUUGGGAAAUUGAUGCAGAAGAUGAAGCUGCUUCGUCCAGCUGCGCCAAUGCUGCCCGGUGGUAUGCACCCAAUCGACAUUAUGGACAGUCCUCGCAUCUCCAAGAAGAGGACCAUACUCGGGAUUUCGACAUAG